CCCUGAUCACAUGACAGCUAUCUUCAUUUGAUAAGGCUGGGCAGGUCCUGAUUACAAAUAUUGAACUAGUUAUUUUCUUAUUUUAAUUAUCUCUUAUAGUUUAGCAACAUGAAAAUUUGCGGCCCGAAAUUAGCUCUGUGUGGGUUAGUCAUCAGCAUCUGGGGAAUAAUCCAAUUGGUGCUGAUGGGUUUCUUUUACUAUGUCAGAGCUGUUGCCCUAAUGGAAGAUCUACCAAUGCCGGAAAAUAAGCAGUAUAACAGUGCGGGUGAAUUCUAUGCGGAAGUUGAUAAAGGCUUCACCUUGAAUGCCCAAAACUGCUGGAUAGCUGCCUGCUUAUACCUUUUCACGCUAGCGUUCUCAGGGUAUCAGUUUUAUGUAAAUAGUCGAUCAUCUGUCAUGUAAGCGUGGAAACCAUUCCAAAACUCUCUCAUUCAUCUCAUUAUCAUGUAGUGGUACCAAAAUGUCAUGUUUUGGACACCACAAAAAUGUUGGCAUUCAAAUUUUCAAUAGGACCUUUAUUUCAUCCGGCAAACUCCCUAAAAUUGUGAUUUUCUCCAACCCCUUAAUCUGAUAUUAGCUCUUUAUUAGAAGACUAAUAAUAACAUGGAAAUAACAAAAAAUAUAAAAGUACACAUGUCAAGUCCUGUAGAAAUUUGAGUGUUCCAUGGUUGCAUUCAGCAAAACUGUGUACAUAUCCUCUUCUCACUAAAAGUUGCAUCAGUGAGAGGUAGCAGCUUUAAAUUUGUCUCCAUUUUUUUGUCACUUUCUCGUCAUCAAUUUUUAUCGAGUACCAAGAAUUAGUUGGAUUACAGUCUCUUUCUUUUGCAUUUGUUACUUAUUACUUACCAGUAUAUGAUUUGAGUAUUUUAUUUAUAGUGUUGGGUUUUGUCAAUUUGUAUCUUUCUCUGGCUGUAAAAAUUGUACAAUUUUGUAGCCAUUAUUAUGCCAUGGUUGUCGGGGGUUUUUUUUGUGUUUUUAUUGCUAAAUAUCCCAUUUAAAAACAACUUCCAACCGAUUGUUAUUAAACACAUAUGAGUCCAAUCAAUGUGCCUCGGAUGAGAAAGAGGGUCUCCGAUGCUAAAAACCCAAGAAGCAACCGCAGCAACCAUUUCAAGAGAUCCGAUUUUAGUGUAUUUUCCAAGGGAAAGGCACUAUUCUUGGUUUUUUUCUGCAUUCCUUGAAUUUUUUGGUUUGAAGUUUUUGCCCUUGUACUUCCACGGCUCCAUGCAUGUGCUAAAAUGGCAGUCAUUCUAACUCAAGGAAGUUUUUGGACUUUGUUUAUGGGUUGUUAUUGAACAGGAGGACAACGUUAUUACUUUCCAUUUGAAGGCAAUGGAAAUUAAUAUUUAAGUUUAUUUUCUUUUUUCAUGAUGAAGACACUUUUUUCCCAUUUCAUUGAACAAACCCAACAAAAUUAUUUUGUGAUACUAUGUUUUGGUUUUAAAUGGUACUAUUAUCUAAGAGAUUAAAAGUAAAAUCAUAAAAUUGAAUUUGAGUGAAGACUAAGUUCAUCCUUCAUCCCGUCAUCUCAUUUAAACAAUUAUGCUGUUAAUAGGAGAUUGCUUUUCUUGAAAAAAUAUAAUUUAAGGAAGCAUAUUAUAACUCAAGUUGUGCUCUAUCUUUAAUUUAAAUUCAACUCUCAGAAACAAUUAUUUUUGUCUAGAUCAUAUCGAUAGCUAAGUACGGAAAAUGUGUAUCUCAAUCCAAUUGUUUCCUUGCAAUUUUGUGUCAUUCUUAUAGAAUGGGCGAAGGAAAUUCACAGAUAAUUUCAAUGAGAAUUGUUGGCUGGCUUCCUAUUAAAAAAAAUAAGCGAAGACUGACAAUGUCUCAAUCUGAUAAACACAUUUUUUGACAUUUAGCCAUCGAUAUACUUGGCUAAUUUCAUCACCAGUCCUCAGUCCUACAUCCUCUGGAUAACAAUGUACUUGAAAUUUAAACUUUCUUUGUAAUCAUUUUAGUAUACACGAUUCUUCUGGAUUAUUUCUUUAGUUUAUAGUUUUCUUUAAUGACAGCACAUUAAGUGGUCAUUUGUGGCAAAUAUAAAAAUUAUGUCGGAGGGAUUUAAGUCAUGACUACAAUUAUGUAUACUGUGACUUGGUGUAUUUAAAUCAAAUGUUAAUCCCUUUUGCAUGUAAAAAGUUGUUUGUUAAUAAUAAAUUUUAUCAAAAAAUU